GGAGCAGAGAAGCGGGCUUCCAGGACCGUGCCACCUGCCCGCUCGCUCGCCGCGGUCGCGAUCCCCACCGCCAACAUGUUGCCGAGACGGGGCGGCUCUGCACUGCCGCUGCUCCUGUCGCCGCCACCUCUGCUGCUGCUGCUGCUGCUGCUGCUGGGCACUGGCGGCGGCGGCUGCGGCCGCGGGGCGCGAGCCGAGGUGCUGUUCCGCUGCCCGCCCUGCACGCCCGAGCGCCUGGCCGCCUGCGGGCCCCCGCCGACCGAGCCCUGCGCCGAGCUCGUCCGGGAGCCCGGCUGCGGCUGCUGCUCGGUGUGCGCCCGAAUCGAGGGCGAGCCGUGCGGCGUCUACGCUCCGCGCUGCGCCCACGGGCUGCGCUGCUAUCCCAAACCCGACACCGAGCUGCCGCUUCAGGCGCUGGUCCAAGGCCAGGCCACUUGCGGAAAGUUGCAGGAAGCCAGGACCCAGCAGGUUGCAGACAAUGCUGAUGUCUUCCUUGAAGGCACUGUGGUCGAGAACAUGGACGGGACCGUGAAUGUGGGAGUUGGGGGCAGUGCGGGCCGGAUGCCCCCCAGGACAAGCAUGAAGGAGAUGGCCGUGUUACGAGAGAAGAUGGCCGAGCAGCAACGACAACUGAGCAAAGGUGGCAACCACCACCUUGGUCUGGAGGAUCCCAGGAAGCUGUGGCCACUGUCUAUUAGGACCCAGUGCCAGCAGGAAUUGGACCAAGUUCUGGAGCGGAUCUCCACCAUGCGCCUUUCUGAUAAUCGGGGUCCCCUGGAGAAUCUCUACGCCUUGCAAAUCCCCAACUGUGACAAGCAUGGCCUGUACAACCUCAAACAGUGCAAGAUGUCUAUGAACGGGCAGCGUGGCGAGUGCUGGUGUGUGAACCCCAAUACCGGGAAGGUGAUCGAGGGAGCCCCCACCGUCCGUGGAGACCCCCAGUGCCAUCUCUUCUACAAGGAACAAGAGGAGGCUCCCGCAGUGGAUGCCUAGCGGAUGCAGCAAUGCACAGCCAGCCGGUGCCUGGCACCCUCCUCCCCCACCCUCUCUCCAAACCCUGGCAGACAGCAGAGAGGGCCUGGGUGGUGGGAGUAGAGGAUUUUCCAGAAGCUUUGACAUAUGUAUUUAUAUUUGGAAAGUGACCAGCACCGCGCUCGGCACACCCCCUGCCCCCUCCCCUGCUGGAGAUGCCUACCCCCUCCCCUCCCGCUUCCCCCUGGGGAGGAAGCGGGGUGUGGUUGAGGGAGUGGGGGUACAGGUUUGGGAGGGGGGAAAGAAAUUUUUAUUUUUGAACCCCUGUGUCUCUUUUGCUUAAGAUUAAAGAAGAAAAUUCAA